ACUAAAACCAGGCAACAAAUCGCAGGAUACACUGCAACGGCUAUUUACAAUUUAAAACGUUUAAUUACAUGAUUAAGAGUCAUUUUCUUACAAUUGAAAAUCGUCUGAAGUAAUCAGCCAGAUAUCAUUUAAACUGUAUACUUUGUUUCCUAUGAAUUGAUAUCUAUUUGGGUUGGUCGUCUGAACAUAAAAAGAUAUAAACAAAGCAGUUAUCUCCCUUUUAUCAACGCUUGCAUCACUGGAUUUAAACUCAAGAUGGCUUCUUCUGAAGAAGAUUGGCAGUCAUCGCGAUGUUUGGUGGAAUGCAAUAGAUAUAUGUUAGAAAACAACAUUGGAUGUGACGUCACGUUUUUAGUUGGUGAAGACAAGACUAAAGUUUCAGCACAUAAACAUAUAUUGAUCAGCAGAAGCUGUGUAUUCUUUGCAAUGUUUAACGGUCCUCUUGCAGAAAAAGGUCAAGAAAUAGCUCUUCCAGACAUCGAACAUGGUGUAUUCAGAAUAUUAUUGCAGUACCUGUAUUGUGAGGAUACUGACAUCAAACCAGAUUUAGUUCUCCAGUUGUUAUAUGCUGCUAAAAAAUACUCAAUCCAGUCAUUAGUUAAAGUAUGUGUGAAAUAUCUGGAGUUAGACAGAUCAGCAGAAAAUAUAUGUACCAUCUUUGAACAGUCUUAUAUCUUUGAUGAACAAGAUUUACAAGAGAAAUGUUUGGCAUAUAUAAGAAUUCAUGCACCAGACGUGUUGCACUCCAAUGACUUCCUCGAGCUUAGCCCUCAUUGUUUAGAACUUGUACUGCAGGACGACUUACUACGAGUUGAUGAACAGACAAUUUUGUCGUGUGUGCUUAAAUGGGCGUCAAACAAAUGUACCAAGAAGGAAAAGGAAGUAAGCUCUGAAAAUCAGCGCGCCGAGCUAGGUCACCUUUUGUAUUUAAUAAGAUUCCCGCUCAUGGGGAAAGAGUAUUUUACGGAUGUAAUUUCAGAAAUGGAUAUUUUGUCAGACAAAGAGAAGGUUGAAUUAUUCAAAUUUUUCUACCAAAAAGGAAGCAAAAUAACUACAUUCAUAACACAUGAACGUAGUGAAAAAAUAGAUGAACUUGAGGCCAGAGAUUCGGAAGACACCCGUCCUAUUCAAACCUGUAUCCGGUACCAUUCUGUUUACGAAGAUGGCUCUUGGUAUUGUGGUGGAGAACCUGAUGCUGUUGCCUUCACAACAAACCGUCCUAUUAUUUUACACGGUGUUCUCGUUUACGGCUCCUACAUUGGCGAGGGUGUAUACGAUAUCACAUGCUCCUUGUACGACACUGUAGACCAUGAGGUUGCAACGCGGAGAACACGAUUGAAAACUAGCGAAUCUCAACAUACAUACCCUGUGUUGCUGGAACAUCCUGUCACUAUCACAAACAGCAAGAAACAUACUGUUGUUGUCAAACUGACGAAUGCUGAAGGACUUGACACUUACCAAGGCAAAGGAGGGACAACUAGCGUAAACUGUGGGACUGUUCGUUUCUCUUUUAGCAAAUCAAAAUACAGUAGAAAUGGAACAGACACCAAGAUCGGACAGAUACCCGGACUGUUAUUCACAUGCGGUGAGGACGAGGAUUCUGAUGUGUGAAUUAAAAUUUCGACUGUGUCAAGCCAGCUGUGUUCAAGGACGAAAUUUAUUGUUGUGAUGUUACCUUCGUUUGCUUUUGACUAAAUGCCAUGAACUUUAAUUUACUAAAGACUUUGUAACAAGCAUUUAUAAGUUCUUCAUGAACUUACUAUAAUUCUUUAACCUAUUGUGAAUGGUCAAAUUAUUAAACUUUGCAUUUUUGCUAUAUUUAAUAAGA